AUGUGUGUGGCUUCGACACAGUUCAUAUGCUACAGGAAAAACACGAAUGAUGAUGGAAGGCGAGAUUCGCAGGUGCAGCGAUCACAUUUGGAAAAAUGGUCUCAAAAUAAGGAUAUAAGCAAACAAAAUGCAUUAACUGACUUGAACUUGCUAAUAUCCACUACAUCGCUGAGGCCUUUAAGAUUUCCCAUGUUAUCGUCUUCCAAGAGCAAUACUUCGAUUAUGGUAUCAUCAAUUUCCCCUGCGCAUAGUUUUCCCAUAUUCAACGCGAAAUACCGGCGGAAAUGUUUACUCCUUUUACUAUUACUAAUCUUCCAUAGCUGUUUUAGUGAGUUUAGUCGCGUUGCUGCUUUUAAUUGCACACUCCAAGGCAAUCACUGCCAAAAUGAAGGUCAGUGCCAGAAGGAUGGACAGUGCCUUUGUGCUGAUGGCUGGCAAGGUCCUGAGUGUCAGUUUUGUGGAGGUAAAGUGAGAUUAUAUCAUCAAUCUGGAACCAUUCAUGAUGGAAAUGGCAACUACUCAGUGAGUGUGAAAUGCAGUUGGCUGAUUGAUACUCGACACCCCCACUCAAACUCGCUAAGAACGCCUUCCAUUCGAAUCCAUUUGCGCGAAUUUGCUACGGAGUGUGGUUGGGAUCAUUUAUAUAUUUAUGAUGGGGAUAGUGUAGAUUCGCCACUAUUAGCAGUUUUUAGCGGAUUGAUGUACAGAGAUAAUUUUGCAAUACGUAAAGUUCCACAAGUUAUUGCACGAUCGGGUACAGCGCUGUUACAUUUUUUCAGUGAUGAUGCCUACAACAUGUCUGGUUUCAAUCUAUCUUACAAAAUGGAUGGAUGCCCUACAACUACCGAAGAACUGGAAUGUUCUGGCCAUGGAAGAUGUAGUGAAGGAGACUGUAUUUGUGAUGCCUUAUAUAGAGGUGAGGCUUGUGAUAUAUCCGCAUGUCCUAACAAUUGUUCGGCGGAUAAGAGUCAGGGCGUAUGCAAGGAAGAUGAAGAAAGAUGUCAGUGUAACGAUGGUUUUGGUGGUAAUGAUUGUGGGCAGCUCAAAGCCCUGGGUGUUUGGACUACCAUCUAUCCCACACAAUCGCCGCCUCCACCGGGUACUGCAUCCCAUGGUGCUGCUGUGUGGCGCGAUACGCUUCAUAUUAUCGGUGGAGAAUCAUAUGGGCGCGGGGAGCUUAUGACCACAUAUGAUUUUAAUGGCAACGUAUGGGAAACGUUGCAUAUUGAGGGUGGCAGCACUGUACCUGAAAAACGGUAUGGAGCUUCCACAGUAAUGUAUGGUGACAAAAUCUUCAUGUACGGUGGUGUAGUAGAGGGGCGUGGCAUUUCCAGUGAGCUUUGGGCAUUUGAUGUUUCAGCUAAAACUUGGGAAAAUAUUACCGUUAAAAGUGAUUCAUGCAAUACAACGGCUUUAACACUACCCGCUAUGUGUGGUCCUUUACGUGUUGCCGGUCAUACAGCUACACUGGUACCCGGCUUCGGUGACAAAAAUAAUUAUCAAUAUAUGAUUUCAAUUUUCGGUCAAUCACCGCGAUAUGGUUAUCUGAAUACGGUACAAGAAUUCAAUUUUGGCACAAGAGAAUGGAAAAUUAUCGAAACGUUUGGCUAUGUGGUUAAAGGUGGAUUCGGUCAUAGCGCAGCAUUUGAUUAUUUAACGGAGAAGGUUUACGUUUAUGGCGGUAUUAUAUCAGAAAGUGAGUCCAGCCAAGUACUCAGUUCCAAGUUAUAUGCUUAUGAGCCCUCAACACGCAUAUGGACUUUACUUUCCUCUGCGCCGAGUGCGCGUUUGCUGCACACCGCUAAUUUUAUUAAUCAUGGUCUUAUGAUGGUGUUUGGCGGCAACACACAUAAUGAUACUUCACAGAGUUACGGUGCGAAAUGCUAUAGUCAAGAUUUAUUGGUUUACGAUGUUUAUUGUGAUUCGUGGCAUGUGCAGGAAAUGCCUCAACAUUUACAAACCGAUUUAGCCAGGUUUGGCCACAGUGCAGUUGUUUUCGAAGAUUCGCUUUAUAUAUAUGGGGGCUUCAACGGUCAGUUAUUAAACGACAUGUUGCGCUUUACACCUGGCAAUUGUAGUUUUUAUACGAAGCAGGAAAAAUGCACAAACGGUCGUCCUGGUGUCAAAUGUAUAUGGGACGUGCAAAAAAACCGUUGCAUUCCAGUUACUCAAGUACAACGUUCUGCAAUUUUUGGUCGCGAACCUUACGAUUAUGGUGUAUGCCCGUCUAAAAGUCGUAUCACAAUGACUUCCGAGUUGUUAAAUGAUGUAAUGCGUUGCCAAGAGCAAAGCAAUUGCCAAUCUUGUGUAGCGAAUUCAUAUGGCUGCACUUACUGUGGUAAUGGUAUUUGCACUCGAGAACGUUGCCGCGAAUCUACUUUAAUAACAACACUUUUUUACGAUUCUGGUAACCAACAAAAACAUCAACAACAGCAACAACAAUUUGUGCCAGCUGCUGUUCCAAUGGCAAAUAUUAAGCGUUUAGAAAAUUGUCCAAAAACAGAGGAUUUUAUGAUUAUUACAUUUUGCGAGCAGUUGCAUAGCUGCCACGCCUGCUCAGCUAAUAUGGACUGUAGUUGGGAUGCGGAACACAAUCGCUGCAGACCUUAUUUAUCGAAUAGUUCUCAUUUGAAUCGCACAAGAGACGAUAUAGUUUGUCCACAGCCGUGUGCUACAUUGACAAAUUGUCACAAUUGUACGGAGGACGAGUGUAUUUGGUGCCAGAAUGAGCAACGUUGUGUUGAUCGUAACGCAUACACACCUAGUUUUCCCUAUGGCCAGUGUCGAGAGUGGACUACGCAUUCAGCAAAGUGUCGCUCAUCGCCUUCCAAUACUGGUGUCGGUCGCUCAACAGCUGCACAAACCAGUGCUCAAUGUGGAUUCUAUAAUAGUUGCACUCAAUGUUUGGACGAUCCGGCUUGUGGGUGGUGCGAUGAUGGUUCCAAUACGGGUCUGGGCAAUUGUAUUGCUGGUGGAGCUAUGUCACCUUAUGAUGUUAACGAGUGCCCAUUAAACCAUUGGUUCUUCACCUCUUGUCCAUCCUGCAAUUGUAAUGGCCACUCCCAUUGUCCGGACAAUAACAUUUGUGAGCAACCAUGUUCAAAUUUGACCACGGGUUAUCAUUGUGAAAAGUGCAGUAAAGGCUAUUGGGGCAAUCCGAUUAAUGGCGGUCAUUGUCAAAAAUGUGAAUGUAAUGGGCAAGGUGAAAAUUGCCAACCAGAUACGGGAAAGUGUUUUUGCAAUACAAAGGGUAUAGUGGGCGAUCACUGUGAAAAAUGUGACACCUCAAAUCAUUACAAUGGUGAUCCGAUAAAGUCAUCGUGCUAUUAUGAACUCACAAUUGAUUAUCAGUUUACGUUCAAUCUCUCGAAGAAAGAAGAUAGGCAUUUUACAAAAAUAAAUUUUCGUAACUCACCACAAAAGCCUGAGAUCGAUGCUGAUUUUACAAUAACCUGCAGUGUACCUGCUAAAAUGGAUAUAUCAGUUAAGAGAGCUGGUAUUAAAGAAAAAUUCUUAUUUGCUGGUAUCAAUUGUUCCACGUUCAGACAACGUUUCCCUAAAACAGAAUACUCCUUCGGACAUUCACCGGAAGAUAACAGCUCCAUAACUACAUUCUAUGUCUUUGUGCACGACUUCCGCCCACCAAUUUGGAUUCAGAUAGCCUUUUCGCAAUAUCCAAAGCUGAAUCUACAGCAAUUCUUCAUAACAUUCUCUACAUGUUUCUUACUGCUUCUCCUUAUGGCAGCUGUUCUUUGGAAAAUAAAACAAAAGUACGACAUGUUCCGAAGGAGGCAACGAUUAUUUGUCGAAAUGGAACAAAUGGCUAGCCGUCCAUUUUCCCAGGUUGUAGUGGAAAUUGAAAAUCGUGAUAAUAUUGAUUUGACACAUACAAUGGAGGGCGUAACGCAUCUGACGAAGAAACGUAAAAAGGAUUGUCCCAGUCCCAUAGCGCUGGAACCGUGUAGUGGUAAUCGGGCGGCUGUUCUUUCGCUUUUAGUUCGCUUGCCAACGGGCGGCUUGCAGCAUGCUCCUGCAGGGCAGUCAGCUGGUUUGGCUGUGGCCAGUGCUCUUGUAACACUCGGAAAUCCACGACGGCCAUCUAUUGAGCAUACAAAAGAGCCAAAAUCCAAAAGAAAACAAAGUCAACAUCCUGACAGUUGUACAUAAUAAUUGCGUAGAUUUAAAUGUGACGUUUAACAGCGAAAUUUGUAAAAGUAUUUUCUUUAUAUAUACAUACAUAUAAAUAGAACGAUACACGUUCAGAUUUUGGUCUGCAUUCGUAAAUGUAAAUCAAUUGAACAAAACACUUAAAUAUACAUACAUACAUAUAUGGUAAAGCGGCCACGCAAGGAGUAAUAUUAUGAAUGCCUUUAUAUAAAAUACAUAAUUAUAUUAAUAAUAUAAAUAAUAAACACGUAUUGAGGCAUAUUUACUUCACAUAUAUUAAUUACAUUUAGUAAUAGUAAUUGUAAAUUAAUAGGGCAUAAAAUUAUUUAUUAUAGUUACAAAUUUUAAUUGCUAGACUCAAUGGCAGCCUAAAAAGACAUUAAUAUUAUUAAAAAAAAAAAAAACAUUUUAAAUGAGAGAGUUAAUACAAUAACACGACAUAAGUUUUAUGUAAUUGAAUGCAAAAUAUUAUUCGAUGUUUGAAAACUUGAUUUCUAACCAAUUUAUUUUUGUAUAUUUUUUAUUUGUUCAAAUGCAUGAUUACGCUACAAUCACACCCUCAGUUGUAAAAAUUUAAAAUACUAAGUAAAAUAUCAAAUUUGAAUG